CAUACUCGCCAUGAAGACCACUCUCGUCGGUAUCAUUCAAAUUGAUCCCAAAAGACUGCUCGAAGACGGCAUUCGGCGCGAGUUAGUCAUACAGACGGCAAAUGCUCUUCACAAGGGACUGGUAUUCAAUUCCAAAUCCAAGACCAGUGAACUCGUCACUAAACUUAAAGCCUUGGCUCAAGUGAUGGACGGCUUUCGGCGAUCGUUUGAAUACAUUCAGGACUACGUGUGUAUAUAUGGGCUGAAGAUGUGGCAACAGGAGGUCUCACGGAUUGUCAACUAUAAUGUGGAACAGGAAUGCAAUGCUUUUAUGCGCCACAAAGUGCUCGAUUGGCAGAGUAUAUACCAGUCAAAGUCGAUCCCAAUCCCUAAGUUCUUGCCUUUGGAUCCCUAUUCCGUCAAUUUUAUCGGUCGACUCGCCCGCGAACUCUUGAGAAUGACUGAUCCCAAGACAACGAUAUACGUUCAUGAAAUGAGCACUUGGUUUGAUAAUAAGACUCACGUGGAAGUAGUGGAUUCCAAACUAUUCCCUCUGAUGAUG